UCGUUCUAGGUGGAGUAUUUAUUUUAUUAAAAGAUUUAACUUUAAUUUAAUGAGUUUAUAACUUUUUUUCAGUAUCUUAAUUUGCUUAAUUGGUGGAAUAUCGAAUUUAAACUUUUGGUCGUAUUGCAAUAAAAUUAUAAAAAAGUACCAAAAUGGCAGAAUUAGCAGCAUUGCUUCAGACUGAUAUACCGGAAGGGCGGAACCAUUUAACAGACAGUCACACCAAUCUCGAAAGGGUCGCCGAAUAUUGUGAAGCAAAUUACUUUCAAUCUGAAAACAAGAGAUUGGCUUUAGAGAGUACCAAAAACUACACAACCCAGUCUUUAGCAAGUGUAGCAUAUCAAAUAAAUACUCUUGCAUACAACUUCCUUCAGCUACUGGAAUUGCAAACAAUGCAAUUGGCGGAAAUGGAAGGUCAGAUGAACCAUAUUGCUCAAACAGUGGCUAUUCACAAAGAGAAAGUUGCUAGAAGGGAAAUAGGAGUUCUAACAGCUAAUAAGGUCACAAAUCGACAAUAUAAAAUAAUUGCACCAGCAAACCCAGAGAAGCCAAUUAAAUAUGUUAGGAAGAAUAUUGAUUACACGGCUCUCGAUGACAUUGGCCAUGGGGCCCGUUGGAGUAGCGGUAGUAAUGGUACACCUCGUGGUCGUCGAUCAGGUUCUGCUCCUGGAGCUGCUCCACUGCCAGCACCAACCACUAAGCCUCCAACACCACCAGCAGUUGUGCGCUCAGCUUCUGCUGCUAAUACAGGCACAUUAGGGAGAGGCACAUUGGGCAAGUCGUCCCGCGAGUACCGCACGCCGCCGGCCGUGGCGCCGCCGCAGGUGCCGUCGCACUACGCGCCCAACUACCCGCGCCGCCCGCCCGGGUACUCCACGCUGCCCGUCGCGCAACCGCAGGUUGGCAUGGUACAUCCUAAUCAGCACCAAUCACCAUCGAACUAUUCUCAACAGGAUUUGCAUUCUAGUAUGCCACCUCCACCUUCUCCACUGAUCGGCUCAGACGGUGAACACAGUCAACAUUCGAUGAGUCUCCCCGGACAUCGCGCGUCGUCGUCGUCGGCGUCGGGCGGCGGCUCGGCGCGCGGCGGCUCGGCGUCGCCGCCCCUCCCGCCGCCGCCGCUCGACGACGAGCUCGCCGCGGACGCGUUCGGCCGCCCGCAUCUCCUGCAGAACAAGAUGGGCAAUCAGUAUACUAAUGCUGUGCCAGCAAUAGUACCUGAUGAGGAAGAUUUACCCGGUUGGGUGCCAAAGAAUUACAUCGAAAAAGUGGUAGCCAUCUACGACUACUACGCGGACAAGGAGGACGAGCUGUCGUUCCAGGAGAGCGCCGUCAUCUACGUGCUGAAGAAGAACGACGACGGCUGGUGGGAGGGGGUCAUGGACGGGGUCACGGGGCUGUUCCCGGGGAACUACGUCGAACCUUGUGUCUAAAUUUGAAGUGUCUUUAUUUAUUAUUAUCGUAGCUGUAUCGUUUAUUAUAUAUUUGUAAUUAUGAAGAAUAAGAAUAGCGCGAGAUUCCGUUUUUCCAGUUACAUAAGUGGAAAGGGACCCGUCCGUCUUAAGAUUACUUUAAUAGCAUUUCGUUUCGUAGAUUACUCAGAGGUUAGCAUAUAAACUAAAUAAAUAUAUAGCCUAUUCCAAUAAAAAAAAUAGAUAUAAACAAACCUUCGAUUUACAUAUUCCAUGCAAUUUGCUAAUAGUUUUUGAUCAAUGACUAUUUAUAAUACAACACUAUUCUGCCUAACUACAUAUAUCAAUUUUUCUCGAAAUUUCUUGUCUACUCUGGUUGGAAUAUGCUAUACAAAGCCUGUAACUAUAAUAGGAUGUUUGUUGUGUUAUGCUUUUAAAUCAUGUUCAAGAUAGAAGUUUAGGUGCAUAUUGUGAACUGCUCGACCUAUAAACGUUAAUGAAGUGAUUAGUUGAACGAUUCUGUGUCUUCCUCUUUCAAAUGUCAAAUCAGUGACGACGGAAAGAGAUAAAUCAGAGAUGGUUCAACGAAACACUUACUACUGAUAAGUAAGGCCGUAAGUCUCUAUAAACAUUGAGACUUACUAUUAAUAUAAUAUUUAUAGUAAGUAUAAACUAACAGCUAUCGUUAGAUAUUUUUUUAGGGCUUUUUUUGUAGGGCUUUGUGCAAGCUCGUCUGGGUAGGUACCACCCACUCAUCAGAUAUUCUACCGCAAAACAGCAGUACUUGGUAUUGUUGUGUUCCGGUUUGAAGGGAGAGUAAGCCAGUGUAAUUACAGGCACAAGGGACAUAACAUCUUAGUUCCCAAGGUUGGUGGCGCAUUGGAGAUGUAAGCGAUGGUUAACAUUUCUUACAAUGCCAAUGUCUAAGGGCGUUGGUGACCACUUACCAUGAGGUGGCCCAUAUGCUCGUCCGCCUUCCUAUUUUAUAAAAAAAAAUAAAAAUAUUAUUAUUACUAGUUUUAGUUUAAAAUAGCUAUAAUAUGACGUGUCAGUAAAGAAAUUGUUUAACGGUUUUUCCACUAUAAUAAAAACUCAAACGAAAUAAAAAAAGUAAUAUUCAAAUGAAUGUCGCUCCGGUAUUGAAACUUUCAAUGCGAUGCGAUAGUCGUGGGUUCAUUAAAAUUUAAUUUGCAUUGUA